CUCAGUAAUGACGAGAUGGAUUAUUGGUUAACUUCCACACAAGUAAAAAAGCUUCUGUAUUGAGAUUGAACAGAGAGAGAAUCAGCAAUUUCAGUGUUGGAAAGUGAAAGCUAGAAUGGAGCAGAGUUGCUUUUGGCUUUAUCUCUGAUUGGCCGGAGCUGAAUGUAUGUGAAGUGUUGAGGAGUGUUUAUUCGGUUGCUGAUGGCGGAAGUCAGAGGAUCGAGCUCGUGGAGCGAAGAACUUGCGAGUCUGGUGGAGGAUUCCGGGAUACGGUACGUCGCUGAGCCUAUCGGGAUCUCUUCGCCUUCGUUCGACAAUACGAGAUUGGAUUUCCAGGUCGAGUCGCGGAACUAUGAAUCGGAGGAAUCGGAGAGUUUGAAGGAUCAGGUUAAGGGGUUUGCGGUCGCUUGGGGUGAAAUUCUUCUUGAAUUGGGGAGAGGUUGUAGGGACAUUGUGCAGCAGAAUUUGAUUACAGAGGAUUCGUACGUUGCCCGAAAGCUUAGAGGACCUUGCGCAAAUGUUACUGCUAGAUUGAGCUUUCUAAAUGAGUUUUUGCCGGAGGAUCGCGACCCUGUUUAUGCUUGGCCAGUGAUAUUUUUUGUUUCCAUUCUCGCAUUCACGGUAAUCUUUGUAAAUAACAGACAUGAGAGCUUCAGCCGACCGAUAAUGAAGGUGCGUGAUCAUCCUCCUAGUGCUACUCGCAUUCUUCUUCCCGAUGGCAGGCACAUGGCCUAUGAUGUGCUUGGUGUUUCAGCUGAUAGAGCUAGAUUCUCGAUAAUUGCCCCACAUUCUUUCCUAUCAUCUCGACUUGCAGGUAUACCGGGAGUCAAAACAUCCUUGCUUGAAGAAUUUGGUGUUCGCCUCGUCUCAUAUGAUCUUCCUGGUUUUGGGGAAAGCGAUCCUCAUCCCAACAGGAAUCUGAAUUCAUCAGCAUUUGAUAUGUUGCAUCUAGCUGAUGCCAUUAGUAUUAGCGGAAAGUUUUGGGUGCUUGGCCACUCGGAAGGGGCCAUGCAUGCGUGGGCUGCACUUAGAUAUAUUCCAGAUGAAUUUGCAGGUACUAUCAUGGUGGCUCCCAUGAUCAAUCCAUACGAAAAAAUCAUGACUAGGGAAGAGUUGAGAAGAACUUGGGAAAAUUGGGGUCCACGAAAGAGACUACUAUAUUUCUUAGCUCGUAGAUUUCCUAGAUUUCUAUCCUACUUCUACCGGCGAAGUUUUUUGUCGGGAAAGCAUGAAGAAAUAGAUAGGCAGUUGUCCUUAUCACUGGGAAAGAAGGAUGAAGUUUUGAUUGAAGAUCCAAAGUUUAGGGAAUUUUGGUACAGGAACGUGGAGGAAUCAAUCCGCCAGAAAAAUGUCAAACCAUUUAUAGAAGAAACCGUGCUACAGGUGUCAAAUUGGGGAUUUAGCUUGGCAGAUCUUCGGGUGCAAAGAAAGUGUCAAAGAGCAGGCAUUCUUCCUUGGCUCAAAUCUUUGUACAGCCAAGAAGAAUGUGAACUGGCAGGAUUUGUUGGUCCCAUUCAUAUAUGGCAGGGAAUAGACGAUCAGGUAGUUCCACCAUCAAUGACUGAUUAUAUAGGCCGCAUUUUACCAGCAGCCAUAUUGCAUAAGCUCUCAAAUGAAGGGCACUUCUCCUUUCUCUAUUUUUGCGAUGAAUGUCAUAGACAGAUAUUUUCCACCAUUUUUGGAAUCCCCAAGGGCCCAGUUGACAGGAGAGAAAGAAUGGAGGCUUCUCCUUUUGAAGGAAAUACUAGAGAUGUAGCUACUACUACCGAUCCUAUCGUAGAAUGAUACGCCGUCUUGAAUAAUACCGUAGGCUCAUUUCUUUCUCUUCUUCUGAGCCAAUAAUAGCACACUGAUUUUACGUUCCAAAUGUUGAUGUAAAUGCCAUAUUGAUAUUGAUAUCCCGCUGCCUCACUUGCCUUCACUCAUUGGACAAGAGUUAGAAAUUUUAUUACACCAUUACUAUACUUCUAUUUGCAACUGGGGCCAAGUUCUUUGGUUCUUUUACC